UUUUGUUUUUUUAAAAAAGAAAAGAAAAGCUAGACUAGAUAAAGAAAAACUUCAACAAGGUAUUUUCUUUUUCCUUUCCGUCUGUUCUCUUACUCUGUACCUCCACUAAUACAUAUAUACCAUUUCUUGUUUCUUUGAGGUUGGGGUUUUAUGCUUCAGCAAGUGGCUGAGCUCAGUAAUGGGUAAACUUGUGAAGCAAUGUAAUUUAAUCAACAAAGAUGCAAAUUCCCAAGUGGGUUCCAAUUCUUGAAGUUGAUUUUUCACCUUAGUCAAGGAAUCUUGGUGAAAUGAUUCAUCUUGGUACUGUAUAAUCUUGUUUAUUGCAACCCCUUUUACUGUAUUGGAAUAAAGUUUGGAUUUUUAUUUGGGAUUUUGAAGCUCUGAUUUUAGUUUUGCUUUUCUUUAGUAGCUUUGUGUGGAUUCAAGGAGUUUAGAUAAAUAUCUUGGAAAUAUCUUGAAUAAAGUUAAAUGCUUUAUUCAAGAAAUGGCUGCAGAUGAUUAUCACCAGCGGCAAGCUUUAUCAUUUCAAUCAGGGGCAAUUGACAGCACAUCAUCCCAAAUGAUUUUGAUGAGUGAUUACUAUAGUCAGCUUGGGAUGAAUAAUUUUAGUGUAAAUUAUAGUGGUGUAGGACACGUAGGUGGAGGGAUGUUAUUUUCAGGGAAUCCAACAAUGGUAACCAGCAACAAUAACACUAGUAUCAAUAGUCCAAGAAUUAGUCCGUACGGAAGUUGUUCAGGUUCUUUUCUUAUAGAUUCAGUGCCGGGGCUCAAGCACGACUCGGGGCUAGCAGCUGAGUGGACGGUGGAGGAACAGUACAAGCUGGAUAAAGGACUUAUCAAGUUUGCUAAUGAACCCCGUAUACUAAAAUAUAUUAAGAUUGCAGCCACACUCCGGGAUAAAACUGUACGUGAUGUUGCAAUGAGAUGUAGGUGGAUAAUGAGAAAACGAAGGAAACAGGAAAACUAUAGUUUGGGAAAGAAAUUGAAAGAUAGGAAGGAUAAAUCAGCGGAAAUGUCCUCAAAGAGUAGUGCAUCUGCUUCACUUUUGAGCUUGACGCCAUAUUCUCUCCCCAUAAAUCAUCAUAACCAUGCUGCUGGAGCACUACUUGGAACGAGGUGUCUAUUAGAAGAAAACAAUCAGGCGCUUAAUAAAAUUUCAGCUAAUCUCUCAACAUUCAAGUUGCAGGACAAUGUUGAUCUCUUUUUCCAGACGAAGAACAAUUUAAGUGCGAUUUUAAAUGACAUGGGAAAUAUGCCAGGGAUUAUGAGCCACAUGCCACCACUUCCUGUCUUCUUGAAUGAGGAGCUUGCUAGUAGUCUUUUGCCCAGUCCAGCUCAGGCGUUCAUCUACAGUGGGGGAGCUAGAGAGCAAGCCCAUGAUGUUUGGCUGCAGAAGUGGAAUCAAGUUGAAACAGGAGCCAGCGUGUUGAUAGAGAAUACUCGGUGCUCAGUUUGGGUUAUUGGCUUGUGUAAAGAACAGAAUUUUAGUGUAAAUUUAUAAAAGGCUGGCUGUACUUACAUGACCAGGCUGAUGAAAAGAAUGUUCAUCAAAACCCUUUUUUCGGAAGCUGAAUAUCUGAGCAAAAAGCACCGGGAAAUAACAGCCUCGCUCUGAUUCCAUAUCAAGGCAAAGUCUGUAACAGAUAAUGCACUUAGAAGCGUAAGAUCAUGUUUCAACUUUCCGCGUGUAAAUUCAAUGGACAAAUAUAAUUUUUGGAAUCAUCCUUUAGUUUUGUAAUGUGUUAACUGUCUCUUGCCUUGUUUCUUCUAAUUUGUUGUAAAAGACAAAUUAUUGAGUAUUGGAAUGAAAUGAACUCAAGUAUAGCAGAAUGUA